AUGGAGAAAAAUUACAAUAGCAACGAGCAAAACCAGGCGAAGGAUGAUGGAGCUUCAAAUUUGAGACGAAGGACGCAUGAAUUGGCUUCAACAUCGACACAAAAGUGGCGUUUUCCACCAGGCUACCGUUUCAUAACCACCGACCACGAACUCAUCGUUGACUACUUAAUGAAGAAAGUCAACAAUGACCCAAUUCCAGUUGAUGAGAUGAGUGAAGUUGAACUUUACCUCUGGUCUCCUGAGUCCCUCGCUGAGAGAUACCCUCAACUUGGGGACAAGGAAUGGUACUUCUUCACUCCACGUGACCGUAAGUAUCCUAACGGGAGCAGGCCGAGUCGGUCUGUCAAAGAAGGAGGCUAUUGAAGGCUACGGGUGCCGACAGACCAAUUUUUUCAGGCAGUGGCGAAAUAAUAGGAAGGAAAAAGGCUCUUGUUUUCUACAUAGGAAAUCCAAAGCCGAGAGAAGGACAAAAAACCAAUUGGAUCAUGCAUGAGUACAAACUCAACACUCCUUCCAAGAGCCCCAAUUGUAAUGGUAUGAGGUUAGAUGAUUGGGUCCUAUGCCGGAUCUACAAAAAGCCGGAAAGGUCGAAUAAAAAGCAAAGGGAUGUCGAUGACGGUGUUCCUGACGAUGAGGACUCCAGCAUGCUGGAGUCCCCAUUGUUAGGCGAUAGCAGUGAAUUGGAAGACAACAACAAAGGCAAUAUUGUGAUCAUGGAAGAUGACAACAAAGGCAUUGUGGUGAUGGAGCAAAUGGCCGAACAGAGUCAGAUGAUCACGAGCAAUGAUAAUGGCAUUAGAGAUGUGAAUGUUUACCACCAAAACCAGUUGUUGUCAGAUAACAGUUACCAAUUGUCGACUAACAGUUACGGCAUGAACUUCCCAUACGUAGCCGACCAUUUUGACAACCACCUAUAUUGGGCUCCUAUCACCAUAAUCCAAUGGGAUUCGUGUGGCCGCAUGAGAGUAGUAGCUAUCUUCCACUCCAACAUCCGUUGGAUAUUAGCGACAUGGAAUUUGUUGAUCAAUGUUUAAGGACCAACGAGGGUGAUGAGGCUCCUAAUGAUGGAGANUAUAUAGUCGCUUUGAUUUUAUGAAACUUUUAUAUAUAUAUAUAUGUUUGUGGGAAGAUCAUUUGAGUUUUUCUUAGCUUUUUGGCAUUAAGAUUUUACUAUGUUUGUUUUUUUGAAUGUAUUUCUCUAUGGGAACGAGGAUAUAUAAUACUGUCUGAAAGUGAGGAUAUGUGCUAGCCUAUUACUCAGGAAUCGAAAAUUAUGAUUAUAUAGAUCUAUGUAUAUAAUA